AUGCGCCGCCGGACCAAUCUCCCGCAACCUACUUCCGUGCCUGGCUCGUUCUCCGCGUACCUCCCCGUUCCACUCCCCCCUUCCCCCAACUCCUCCGCCAUGGGCGCAGCGGGGUCGCGCGAGGUGUGGGUGGUGAUGCCGGACGGCCGCGCGGAGAGCUUCCGUGAGCCAAUCACCGUCGCGCAGCUGCUGGCGCAGCACCCGGGGUAUCUCGUGUCGCAGCCUGACCUGCCCGGGAACCCCGGCGAGAAUCACGGCGCGAACCGCGGGCGGCGGUGGAAUCUGCCAGCGGAAGAGGAGCUGCGGCUCGGGGAGAUGUACGUGCUGCACUCCGCUGAGCUGGCGAGCGUCGAGGACGUGUUCGCUGACGUGGCGAACCGCGUGCAGACUAGGGUAAGGGGGAACGUUCAAAAUGAGUACCCCAAUGCAAUGCAAGACCAGCCACAGCGGGAGCCGCGCAAGGCUCGCGGAGGCCAUUCCCGCUCCAAGUCCGCUUCCCUCGUCGACGGUGGUUCGCUGGUGGGAACCGAACACGCGGAAUGGCAUGAUGCCUUAGUUUCCGCCGGAACUCGCGGCGGUGGCGCUGGCGGAAGGCACAAGGGCAGCCGACCGCGGAGGGUGCGCGCAGUGGGGGAAGGGAGGCGCGCGGAGCGCCAGAUCCCAGAAAACGACACGCGGCACGCCAACGCAGUGGCUGCGGCUCGUCACGCGCGCGGGCUUCCCCCACGCGUUACGUCGCGCCUGGCGCAAGCGCACGGGCAUUGCAGGCGCGCAUCCAUAAACGCGCUCCCCGUGGGGGAAGGAGGGGAGGAGAGACGGGCGGAGACACGAACAGGCAGGGAGGAGCAGCGACGAGAGGGUUACCAGGUAACGAGCGGAGUGUUGUUCGGAAUCUCGGAUGGUGAUAGCAGCGACGGGUCAAUGGUGCUGACGUCACCGAAGAUUGACAUCUCGGAUGUGAUUGGCUACGACGUGUCCCCUGUGUCGUCACCUGAGGGCGAAGGCGAGCGUGGGCGCGGAGCGCAUGGGCGGGGAGAGAAAGCGGGGAGAGAGCAGCGACGUGGGGGCGCACAGGUGCACGCACAUGCGCGCGACACUCGCGAGUCUUCUGGUGGGUGCAGCAACAGCGGGUGCCGCGCGGAGGGGAUGCGCGGGGAGCGCCAGCCAUUACACUCCGCGGAAAGGGAGCCACUCCAUUCCGCCCAUCUCCCACGCGGCACUGCGACCGCGUUGCAGGCGCAUUUGCAGUGGGGGAACGUGGCGGGGAGUGGGGGGAGGAGAGCGGUGAGGGGAGGGCGGCCAGUGGGGCGUAGUGUUUCCGCGGAGGAGGAGGGGGGACCUAUCGUGAGGGCCAGGAGGGAGGGUUGGAGUGUGGGAGAGGUGUGGGAAGAGAGAACGGAGGAGGAGGAACAGGAUGAGGAGGAAAAUGGGGAGGAAGAGGAGGAAGAAGAAGACGAGGAGGAGGAACAGGAAGAGGACGAGGAGGACGAGGAGGAGGAGGAGGAGGAGGAAGAGGAGGAAGAGGAGGAGGAAGAAGAAGACGAGGAGGAGGAAGAAGAGGAGGAGGGGAUGAAGGUCAGGGAGGGGGGGAAGCAGUCAGAGGCGGCAUUGCAGUGCACGUCCCUCGACCAUCCCGCUCAGCCUCUCUUCUCCGCCUGUGCCGCCCUCGCCCACGCCGUUCUGCCCCCCACCUCCUCCCCCAGGCCUCUUCCGGACGAAGGGGAUGGGCAGACGCGGGUGGCGGACGGCGAGAGGGAAGGCAGAGGGGCAGGCGAGGGGGAGGGGGACGGGGCAGCGCAGUAG